CAGCCCAGGCGCUGGGGCACGGCCGGGGGGCUUUGCCGGGAGGAGAAUAAACCUGGGAGGGCAGUGACAGCCCGUGCCAGAGAAACCCCCGCCCCGUGUACUGCUGGGGGGGGGGGCUCAAAAUCCAGCCCUGCCGCCUUCCCCAGCCCUCCUGGAUUUUUCUGGGGGUCGGGCAACAGCUCUGCACAGCUUCACCCCUGCGCUUUCAGGGCAGCCCAGGAGACAACUCCAGACGGGGGUUGGGGUGUGCAGAAUUCCCCUUGGAGCAUCCCUGGGGCCAGAGAGCAGCUCCCCCGCGGCGCCGGCUGCCGGGGAAGGGAUGAAGACGCUAUGGCCAAGUUCUUGGUAAAACUCCAGCGGUAUUUUCGGCGCAGACCCGUGCGUUUUUUCACGCUGCUGGCUCUCUACCUGGCAGCUGGCAGUUUGGUUUUCCUGCAUUCGGGAUUUUCCGGGGAAGCCACGGUGCCGGGGAGCCAGCGCGGGGCUGGGGCCGGGGAGGGGCCGGGGCUGCCCUACCUGGGGGUGAUGGAGCUGAGCCGCGGCUUCAAGGCGGCGGCCACGAUGCCGGAGAGGGGACGGCGACACGGGCCCUGGUUCAAAAGCACCUCCAAGGGGCCGGCGGAAAGGGGCAAAGGCGGAGACUACGGCAGCAACCGGAGCCGGGUGCUCAGGGGCAGGAGCGGCCGUGAGAAGGAGGAGGACAGAGCAAGAUACAUCGGCUGCUACGUGGACAACACUCGCCGGCGGGCGCUGCGCGGCGUGUCCUUCUUCGACUACAAGAAGAUGACAGUCUUCCGUUGCCAGGACAACUGUGCCGAGCGGGGCUACCUCUACGCAGGGCUGGAAUUCGGCGCCGAGUGUUACUGUGGGCACAAGAUCCAGGCGCCGAACGCCAGCGAGUCCGAGUGCAACAUGGAAUGCAAGGGAGAGAGGAGCAACCUCUGCGGCGGCGCCAACCGCCUCUCCGUCUACCGCCUGGAGCUGGCCCAGGAGUCCGCCCGGAGAUACGGCAGCGCGAUCUUCCGGGGGUGCUUCCGCCGGCCAGACAACCUCUCCAUCGCUUUGCCCGUCAGCCAGCUCAUGCUGAACAUGUCAGUGGACAAGUGUGUGGACUUCUGCACGGAGAAGGAGUACCCGCUGUCAGCCCUGGCUUGGACCUCCUGCCACUGCGGUUUCCCCACCACACUCUUCACCCUGCACGAGCGUGAGGACGAGCAGCUCUGUGCCCAGAAGUGCCCCGGGGAGGAGUUCGAGAGCUGCGGCAGCGCCGAGUUCCUCCUGGUCUACCAGACCCAAGUGCAAGACAACCGCUGCAUGGACAGGAGGUUUCUUCCCACCCGUGCCAAGCAGCUGGUGGCCCUGGCCAGCUUCCCUGGGGCUGGCAACACCUGGGCACGUCACCUGAUUGAGCUGGCCACCGGCUUCUACACCGGCAGCUACUACUUCGAUGGGUCCCUCUACAACAAAGGGUUCAAGGGCGAGCGGGACCACUGGAGAAGUGGGAGGACCAUUUGCAUCAAAACCCACGAAAGUGGCCAGAAGGAGAUCGAAUCCUUCGACUCAGCCAUCCUGCUCAUCAGGAACCCCUACAAGGCUCUGAUGGCCGAGUUCAACCGCAAAUACGGGGGACACAUCGGCUUCGCUGCUCAUGCCCACUGGAAGGGCAAAGAGUGGCCAGAGUUUGUGGCCAACUACGCUCCGUGGUGGGCGACCCACACCCUGGACUGGCUGCGCUACGGCAAGAAGGUGCUGGUAGUUCACUUUGAGGACCUGAAGCGGGACCUGUUCGUGCAGCUGCAGCGGAUGGUGGGACUGCUGGGCAUCACGGCCUGCCAGGACAGGCUGCUCUGUGUCGAGGGACAGAAGGACGGCAACUUUAAGCGAUCUGGCUUGAGGAAGCUGGAGUACGACCCUUACACCCCCGAGAUGAGGAAGGUGAUCAGUGGCUACAUCAAAACGGUGGACACGGCUCUGAAGCUCCGCAAUCUCUCGGGGGUCCCAGAUGACUACUACCCAAGAUGAUGGUGAUGGUGGCUGGGGGACCUGACCAUGCGUGGCGAGGAAGGGCUGGGGUCUUCCCGGCCUCUGCCUACUUCCACCCAGUGGGUGGCUUUUCUUGGAAUUCUCCAUCUGCUGCUCUUAGCUGUUCAUCAACUCCCUGCAUGAGCAACCGACGCUCCCCAGCCACUGCUGAGCUUGCUUGGCCCUCGCUGGUGCGGACUCGAGCAGGAUGGAACCACCCAGGGGAUGAAGGUACCAUCAUAUAGAAUUAGACUGGUUUAGGUUGGAAGGGACCUUAAAGAUCACCCAGUUCCAACCCCCCUGCAUGGGCAGGGACACCUUCCACUAGAACCAGUUGCUCAAAGUCCUGUCCGACCUGGACAUCUCCAUCCCUCUCCUCUUUUGGUUGCCACAGAGCUCCUUGGCACUGCAACAAGUGAUUUGUUGUAGUGGUGGGGAUGUUACGUUGGUGUCACAUAGGGAGCUGAGCUCCCCUUGUGGGGGGAAUUCCUAACUCCUGGCAUUGUGUGGGUGAUGGUCCUGCAGCUCCUGGGUAUGGAAAUGGAGGAGAACAAUGCCUCCAAAUGAGGUGGCUGUGUGUAUCAUCCACACUGUCCCAUGGCUCUGUGGGAGCUCUCCAGCAGCCUGGGGAUAGAGGGGGGUCCUAUGGGCAUUGAUGCUGUGUCAGCCCUGGGGGGGCCUGUGGCCCAGACCCAGAUGGGGGGGGAAGAUGCUCCAGAGAGGCGUGUUGGCCCCAGACAGAAGAGCUGAUGGGACUCACCAGCUUGUCCUUGCCUCAUUCCCAAAGCUCCUGAGUUAAUGCAGCCCUCCCUCCACCUCAGGAGCAGUUCUACAGCCUGGACACAUCGUGUCCCCUUAGCAGAGGGGAGCAAAGCUGGGGGAUGAGCUUUGGGGGUCCCUCUGGCCCAACCCAGCCCCUUACUGGAGGUCCCCAGCCCUGCCCCCACCCUUGUGCUGCACAAGUAAAACCAAAGGAUCUCUGGGUGCAUUGGGAAGAGGCUGGACACCAACCUGGCUUUGUGCUGAGCUGCAUGUGGUCCCCAGUUGUGUCCCCAUCCUCUGCCACCCUCCCUGUCCUGGCUUUGGCACAAACGAGCUUCCCAACUCCUCUCAUCCCCCCCCUUUGGAUGUAGGUGCAGAAGCCAUAUAUUGUAUGCAGCCUUUUCUAGCAUUAGGUAGUUAAUGACUGGCUUUUAACUCUUGGUCGGGAGAGAAAUCCAUGCAUGGGUUGAAGAUCUAGAGCCAUCCCUUGAUCUAGAUUCAGAGAGAGAGAAGAAAACUCCACGGAGAAAAAGGAAAAUUUAAAUAAAAAUAUAUUUUUCUAAGGUGUGUGCAGAGCAGAGGUUGGGCAGGGCUGGGGGCUUCAGGUCCCUGUUUCUUUGCACGGAGGUGAGUGAAUAAGUUUGUAGGGAGCAGCUGCCCUGUUUUUAACUCUUCCCUUGACAAAGAAAGGGCUGGAGGUUUUCCAGGAGCCAGCCUGGCUCUGGGAAUGGAGCAGAGCCCAAGCUCCUCUGCUGGCUGCAGGGCUGCCCACCUCGGCCUGAACAAAUCCUCAGGUCAAUCCAGCUAUUAAAGGAGAAAUUUUGAUGCUAUCCUGCCUUCCCGUGUGUUUGUGGGGCCACCUGAGCAUCCCAGCACCCCCCACCCAGCAGCUGGGCUCCCCCAGGACUGGUGAGUGAUGGGUGGGCAGCUCCUCUCCCCCUGCCUUUAAUCCCCUGCAGGUAAUUCCUGUAUCUAAACCACUGGCAGCACAACCAAAGCGGCUCCUUCCCAGGAGCUUGAUGCCCUUUAUCAUGUACUUAAAGGCAGAUUCAGGUGAGUGGGGGGAGAUUUACUCCCAGCUUUAUUCCCAUUGCCUCCCAUCCUUCCUUGGCUCUG